UUGUAAUUUUAAAAGCACGAAAACUAAAGCAUGUUUCUAUAUAAAAUGCUGUUGCUUCCUCAAAAUUUUCUAAGUAGAUUGAGAAAAAUAAAACUCUACUAUUUAUUGGGAUGAGUAACUACGUACCAUUUAUUCUCUUGGUGCUAAGUCUGAUAAUAGUUCUGAAGAAUGUUGCACUUGCUGGUGCUGAGAGCAAGGUUCAUAUAGUGUAUCUGGGUGAGAAGCAGCACCAUGAUCCUGAGUUUGUCACAGAAUCUCAUCACCAGAUGUUGUCGUCACUUCUUGGAAGUAAAAAAGAUGCACAUGACUCAAUGGUGUAUAGUUACCGACAUGGGUUUUCAGGCUUUGCUGCCAAACUCACCAAGUCACAAGCCAAGUUAAUCGCUGAUUUGCCUGAAGUUGUUCAUGUCAUACCGGAUGGUUUUUAUGAACUCGCGACAACACGAACAUGGGACUACUUAGGCCUUUCUGCUGCCAAUCCAAAGAAUCUCUUAACUGACACAAACAUGGGUGACCAAGUUAUCAUUGGUGUUAUUGACACAGGAGUGUGGCCAGAGUCUGAAUCAUUUAAUGACAAUGGGGUUGGACCAAUACCAAGAAAAUGGAAAGGAGGAUGUGAAUCAGGAGAAAACUUCAGACCAACAAAUUGCAACAGAAAGCUCAUAGGAGCCAAGUACUUUAUAAAAGGGUUUCUUGCUCAAAACAAAGGGUUCAAUUCCACAAAAUCCCCUGAUUACAUUUCCGCUAGAGACUUUGACGGCCAUGGAACGCACGUCGCCUCCCUUGCGGGUGGAUCAUUUGUUCCCAACGUAAGCUACAAAGGUCUCGCUGGAGGAACCUUGAGAGGUGGUGCACCACGUGCUCGCAUAGCAAUGUACAAGGCUUGUUGGUAUAUGGAAGAGCUAGAAGGAUUGACUUGUUUAAAUUCUGACAUCAUCAAAGCAAUUGACGAAGCUAUGCAUGACGGUGUUGAUGUUUUGUCAAUCUCUCUUGUUGGUCAAGUCCCUCUACUUCCUGAAACUGACAUGCUUAAUGAGUUUGCUACUGGAUUAUUCCAUGCUGUUGCAAAAGGCAUUGUAGUUGUUUGUGCAGGUGGUAACGAUGGUCCAGAAGCUCAGACCGUGGUAAACACAGCUCCUUGGAUCUUAACAGUGGCUGCAACCACUCUAGAUCGGUCCUUUCCCACACCUAUUACACUUGGGAACAAUAAAGUGAUUUUGGGUCAAGCAACCUACACAGGUCCGGAACUUGGCUUAACUAGUUUAGUUUAUCCAGCAGAUGCAGGGAACAGCAGCGGUGUCUGUGAAUCCCUUAAUCUCAACUCCAACCAUACAAUGGCCGGGAAAGUUGUGCUGUGUUUCACAACUUCAAGAACCAACACUGCUAUACCGAACGCUGCAUCUUUUGUGAAGACAGCCGGAGGGCUUGGCCUGAUCAUCUCAAGAAACCCGGUGUACACUCUCAAGCCAUGUGAUGAUGAUUUUCCAUGUGUCGCCAUUGACUACGAGCUCGGGACAGAUAUACUUGCUUACAUACGUUCCACUAGAUCACCUGUUGUGAAGAUACAACCUUCUAGAACACUCUCCGGACAACCUGUUGGUACUAAGGUUGUAAAUUUCUCAUCAAGAGGGCCUAACUCGAUGUCCCCGGCGAUUCUAAAACCCGACAUAGCAGCACCAGGAGUAAGGAUAUUAGCUGCUACAUCUCCCAACUCCACCUUGAGUGCUGGUGGAUUUGCUAUUCUUUCAGGAACAUCGAUGGCGACUCCAGCUAUUGCAGGAGUUAUUGCACUUCUCAAAGCUCUACAUCCUGAUUGGUCCCCUGCUGCUUUUAGAUCAGCCAUUGUCACUACAGGUUCUUUAUCUUCUUCCAACUACAAUAACAACCGAUCAAUAUAUCCAACUCAAGAAAUCGUUGUCUUUACUUUGUGUUAGAUUUACGAUAUCACUACUCCACUGAUAAGAACAGAGAGAGACUAGCACAUCACUAGCUCAGCUCCCAACACACCAUAAGAGAGAAACUAGCACAUCACUAGCUCACCUCUCCAAACACAAGCACAUCGCUUGACCAAUCUUCACAAUAUUCAACAUAAUCUCUCUCGAUACUCAUCUCUCUUAUUUAUACUCUCAGACUGCAACUGCAACUCUCAGAUUGUAACUGCAGACCUUCCAAUUCCAUUAGUGGCUUCUCUAGUUCUCUUCAAACUACUCACUCAAAGUCCACAUCA